AUGGAAUCUACCGCAUCCCCCGCGCCGUCAAAGCACCAGAUUCCCGGUCUGCCGAACCCGGUAGUGGCAGCAACUGAGCAAAAAUGGCUCUUCUCAGACGAUGACCUCGAGCGCACACCAUCCCGUCUCGACAAGAUUGAUCGUGGACAAGAGGACUACAUUCGGCACCGGGCCGUUGAAUUUAUUUGGCAGGUGAGCAUGAUGCUCAAGAUGCCGCCACAGACCUCCUUGACUGCCACCGUCUUCUUGCACCGAUUCUUGAUGCGGUACUCCUUGCGUGGACAAUACCCAGACCAGGCUUCAGAUUUGAUGCAUCCAAAGGUUAUUGCGGCAGUGUCGCUGUUCGUCGCGUUCAAAGUGGAUGAGACUAUGCGCCGCAUGAAAGACUUUGUCGUGGCCUGCUGCCGUGUCGCUAUGAAGCAGCCGGAUAUGAUUGUUGAUGAACAAUCUAAGGACUACUGGAAGUGGCGCGAUCUGAUCCUACAGAAUGAGAGCGUCAUCCUCGAAUUUCUUUGCUUUGAUCUGCAGCUUGAGUCGCCUUACCGAAUUCUGUGGGACUAUUCUCUCUUUCUAAAAGUUCCUGACAACCGACCCCUUCGACAUGCGGCUUACGCUUUCCUUAAUGACUCUACCUACACUGUUCUCUGCCUCAAAUACCCACCUCGAGUCAUCGCCGCGGCUGCCCUUUACGCUGCCGCCCGCCACUGUCAGGUUUCGUUCCCAGAUGACGCCCAAGGCCGGCCAUGGUGGAAGCAAAUUGACGUCAAUUUCGAAGACCUGGUCAGCGCCUGUAGACUUAUCGUGAAAAUCUACGAGCGUGUACAGCAAAAUCUCAGCAAAAACUACCCUGACUUCACCAUCGGCGACGCUGAUCCCAACGACCCGACUCGCCUUUUCCACAGCAAUCCGAUUUCCGGCCUCGAUCAUCCCACUCCGUCUCUUUCUACCCCAACAGCCGAUUCUCCCGCUAAUAAUUGGCGUAAACGCUCCCGUGAUCCAGAGUCACAGGCUCCAGAGAAUUACCAGCCAAGCCCUAUCCCACAACCUCAACCGCACUCUGCGGUGAAUGGCGAACGAUCUCCCAAACGACAACGCACAAUAUCACCUGCUCCUAAUGCAGGAGCAUCUGCAUCUCGCCCUCGAAUUCCGCUCCGAGCCAUGGGUGCGAUUUCUGAAUCCUCCAAGAAAGAUGCAGUGAAUAAUGAAGAUGCGCAAGCACCUUCUGGCUCAAACCCAGACUCAAAGCCGAGAGAUGAAACCAGUGCAGAAGAAGGUGAAAUCCCAGAUGAGAAAGGUGUCAACCACUCAAAAGAUGCUGCCGAUGAAGGCGGAGGAAGUGAAGAAGGCGAGAUCUAA